CCCUUGACCCUGUCAGUCAACCCAGAAUCAUAACUCAAACAUAAAACAGAAAUCAUCAGAACAAUGAGCACAUUUCCAACAAACUGCACAGAUUCUUGCCAGAAUCUGCUGAUCGAUGGUGGGUCAUCGUCAUCGGAUCCCGGACGCCUGGCCAGUGGCAUCCUUGACGGUAUAUUCAAUCACCACCUGGAACUGGGGCACUUUCAAGACUCAGACUCAGCUUCGGAGCCCGUCUCCGUCUCUCAAAGAAGUGCGUCUUCGACAAAGAGCAUCGUGGACCAGCGCCUGGAGUACUGGAAGAAUAUGCUGCGACAGAGACGAGCGCUCCAGGAGAGGCUUCGGCGGGCUACCGGCAAGGAGCCAGAGCAGAUGCUCUUCAAUCAUCCCACCUGCAUUGACCAUCGAGAUAGGGAGACGAUCAAUCGGAUAAUAGACCGGGCGCGGUCCAAGGAUCUCACUCAGAAAGAGGCAACCCUGGCUGCGCCCCAUCCAUGUGCGGAUCCUGUUCCGGAGACGUGGCCCCAGAGAGACUUUGUGGAGAUAGUGGGCAUUCCGGGGCAAUUAGCUGACGAGCUCCUGGGCACAGACGAAUCGAAGAACUUCCCCAGAAGCAAGUGGAUCAAUUCGAAGCUGCUGGGUGAUCGCAUAGAAGAGGAGUUUCCCAAUAUACAGCGAGUGCUGGAGUUCUAUCCGAGCAUCAAGAACUUGGAAAUUGUCCGUAAGCGGCGCUUGGGCACUCCCCGAGGUGACUAUGAGUCCCUGGGCUCCAUAACCAGCUCCUCAGUGAUCUCCAAGUCGGAUCCGAAUCUCGCCGAGACUACUGUUUUGACGAAAGGAAAUCCAGGGUGCAAGUGUCAGCAUGGCUGCACGGGCGUGUGUGUCCUCAUCAAUGGGAUGCACUAUAAGCCGCACGUUCCGGAGUUCUCGCCCAUCCUGGAACGCAACUUCUGCUGCCAUCCCUACCAGCACCACCUGCGCACCGUCAUGCGAAUCGAGAACAGCGGCACAGAGGUCAUCAGGUUUACCUGGAUGCGCGUAUGUUCCUUUGCCUACAAUGACACGCUGUUCGAUGCGAGGGACAACGAGUUCGUCUUCGACGACAACGCCUUCGUGCUCAGGCCCGGAGACAUUCGCGAUGUGUCCGUCAUGUUCAAGCCCCGAAUGGUGGCGAUUGUAAAGCAGCGAUGGCUGCUGGCCAUGCGUCCGCGUUUCUUCUUUUUCCGUCCCUGUGCCCUAACCCUGAACUUGCACGGACGCUGUUCCCCUUUUAAGGAGUAUCUCGAUCGGCUGGAGGAUCAGAUAGCGAUAUCGAGACGAACCUCUGCAUCGUGUCUGCUGCAUAUGGCCCUACCCCUGGACCAACAGCCGCAAAAUCUCUUGUGUCCCUAUGAUCGCCAGCUCGAGGACCGUGAGGCCUUCAACCGACGAAACAAAAUCUUCCACUGCUCCACCCAUUCUGACGCCGAGCAGCUCAAGGAGUUCUUCAGGGUGAACAAGCCCUUCCGCUGCUAUCCGAGGUGGGACUACAGCGUUCGCAUGCUCAUCGAUCUGGUGUGUGACCACAAGGACUUUCAGAAGCGCCUCGUCCUAUUCGGGGAACUCACGAAAAUCUUGGCGCGACUGCGCGGCAAUGGCCACACCUUGUCCAGACCGCAGGAACGCAGUAACACAAAGCUCAUCUAUGUGCGCGGCGUCAUCGCCAGCCGCAUCGAGGAGUGGGAGGAGAAGGUCUGGCAGCUGGAGAAGCAGCUUCUCAAGGCAACGCAGCAGCGCUUGCAGGACCACACCGACACCAAAGAACAAGAGAAUGAGCUGACCUUCGAGAAUAUAACCAGCUCGGUUCUCAGCAAGCAGGCAGACAAAAUCUUCCUAAGGGAACCGUGGAGGCUAAAGAAAAUGAAACACUUUCGGGACUCCGUGUACAUAUUCUCCUACGAUCUGCUGUGUAACGCUGCCGAGGACAUUGUUUCUGUGAUCGAAAGUACUUUUCAUAUAUAAUCUCAACACUUUGCAAUAGAAAAUAUUAUAAUAAAUACUGAACCUUU